AUGCGUCCAGUAAUAAUAGAUAACAAAGUUUUUCGUUCGUGUGGUGGCAGCUAUGGUAAACGUGUGGAGUGCAUGGUUUGCUGUCCAGUCAGAGGGGUUUAUCUGUCGAUGGACCGCAGACACAUUAAGUCUCACAUAUCCAGCGCAAAGCACACCAAAUCGAUGUCGAGGAUGGGUUAUGCCACUAUCCAGAAGAAAUAUCAAAGAGCUAUGAGUUCAAGUCCCCUGCCAACCAUUGACGAUCUUUUACAACACAACACACGCUCAUCAUCACCCAAGGAAGUUGAUCCCACCUGCACACAGGAACCUCCCUUACGAAAAACAUCCCCACCGGUUGACUCAAUUGAGAAACAACUUCCUCUUUCCGACCUAUGGGAUAUCAAUGUAAAUGACCGUACAUAUCAAAUCAGUGGAGGUCACUUUACAGACCUAUUUGAGCAGCUAAAGGAAUCCAUACAUGCAGAACCUUUUGAAAGUGAUUUUGGAAUUGAAAUGCUGACCGAGUCCUCUGAUGACAGUGAAUAUCCCUUGCGGUUGAGUGCAAAAGUACUUGCAAACUCGCCAUACUACCCGUGGUCGUCGAAGGCUCAUUUCUUAAUGGCCCUUCUAUUCGGAUCUGCUCGUGUACCAUUUUCUGAACAGCAGAAAACAGCAGUUCUUUCAUGGGCCAAUGAGCUAGGCGCUAAAGACGUACCUGCUUUGAGUGCAGUCAAGACUGCUCGGCAGCAUGUAUACAACUUAGUUGGAAAUCCAACAGAGAAAGCAACAUCAAUUUCAGGUAGCGCUAUCGCUAAGGAUUACUCCAAUCCCCUGAUACAUCAUUGGAUGCAGGAUUAUCCUGAAGAUGGUGGUGAGGGAAUGUCAGAGACAUGGCAUGGCCAUUAUUUCAUUCCAGAGCACUUCUUUAUGGCAUCCUAUUCUGUAGCAGAGAAUGGGCUAAAAUAUGAUCUAACUGGGACUAAAGAACUUCAUGCACUCAGACGUGCAGUUGAACAAACAGAGGAUGGUUUUAUUGUGAAUGAUGAACGAGAAGUUAUACCUGUAUCAAUAUUCUACCGCUCAUUCGAAGACAUCUCUUCAUACCCCAAUGGACUUAGCUGCGGGCUUACAGGUAUAUUACAACAGAGUCCUCUAAAAAUUUUUGCAACACUCGCUCCACAUCCACUCCGCAAGAAGGCAGAUGGCCGAAUGGUUUAUUUGGUUCCUCUCAUUAUAUUCAUGGACGACAUAUCUGGGAAUGUCUCAAAGCAGUGGAAUAAGCACCAUAUUAUUUAUAUGUUGAAUGCGAACCUCCCUCGUCAAGUUAUGGAGAAAGAGUUUUGUGUUUGUUUUGUGACGUCUUCUCCACAUGCAGCACACAUGGAACUGAUGCGUGCUAUGAAGCAAUCAAUUGCUCAAGCAGCAGAAGAUGGUAUUGUUGCUUGGGAUUGUAAAAAUGAGGAAGAAGUACUACUCAUUCCCCAUGGACACUUCGUUGCGGGUGACAACCCCAUGCAGGCAGAGGAAUGCAGCCAUGCAGGACUCUGUUGUAAUUAUUUAUGCAGGACAUGUAAAGUUGGCGGGUCAAAGGAGUACAAAGAAUCUGAAGUAGGAUAUAACAGCAUCUUCGUAGCAGGAGAAGCACAUGAGCCUGAGAGUACAGCUGCAGAAAUACGCAAGCAGUUUGAGUUCACUUUCAAACCAGGUGCUACAAGUAAUAUCAAGGCGGCAACAGCAUCUACUGGCAUAAGUGACAAGACCACAGCGAAGAUUAUCAAUACGCUGGUUGAACUGGGGAAAAAACUCUGCAAACAUCCCCUAAAUAGUCCUGCAACCUCUGAAGUUGACAUACAGGCCGCACAGAAGAAACAGCUUGAAGAAAUGCUACAAGGCACUGAUUUUGACACUGCAAUCAACCCACUUUUAGGAAUGGAUAAUAUGAACAUUCACCUGGAUACUCCCAUGGAGAUCCUCCAUACAAUCCUCCUGGGAGUCGUCAAAUACUUCUGGGCCCAAACUGUUUUCCUACUUGAAAAAGGAAAAACACUUGAUAUAUUCCACUGCCGUCUUGACUCAUUUGACAAAGAAGGUGGAUUAAUUGGUAAACACUUCAAGAGCCUCACACAGCUGAUGCCUUUUGUUAUUCAUGAUCUGGUUCCACGGAGCGUUCUCAAUGCCUGGACAUUGAUUGGAGAGCUUGUGGUCCUCCUCUGGCACACAGAAAUCAAAGAUACUGAGUAUUUUCAACUGAAAGAUAUGAGGCAUUCAAUCACGUCUUUUGUCUCACAUGCAUUUUCAGCAAUCACCAGGCUCCUAGCAGAGACACAUGCAAGACCUUUGCUUGCCAGGACAUUAUCAAACAUAUUGCGACAAGCGGCUAUUGGUCUUUCUGGCUCUGCCACUUCCACACCCGGUACCGGUCACGUCCUCAAAGUAGCUAGAAAGGGGAAGAAAGUUAAUAAAACUAUCUUGUGGAAGGACAGCCGGUGUGCAGCUAUUCUCACAAACAAGCAGGACAAUCACCCCUUCUUGGAAGGUUCUUCUAUUAUCACAAGUGAAGGUGACAAAUCUACUCUGAACAGCCACAUCAUUUUCUGUCACCCCGUUGAUAAACAGCUUCAAUAUGUAACGAUCCAGGCCUUUUCUUUCUUGCCUACUCUCCACCCUUCUCUCCAUCUACCAUGUCUUGAACUUGGCACUCAAGAGAUAGUUGUCUCAGCCUCGGAUGUUGUGUGCGCUGUGAAUGUUCAAUAUAAUUCCCAUUUGCUUGAAACACCAAUACGUGUAUCUUCUGUCGAGGAAGUCAGGAGGUUAGCUGUUCAACAGCUAAGAGCCACAAAACUCGCCAAGUCACACAAAGAAGGCAAGGAUGUAACCAAUAGUCCUAAGCCUAUCUUUGACCGCACAAAGGCCAGCAAGCCCAAAAAAACUAACGCAAAGCAGAAACAAGUAUCUGCCUGCAGUGGCCCAGCUGCGGGGCUGUCUCAUUCAGCAAUACUUGUGGACCCCUUAUCACAACAGUGCAGUCCAGCGGGGCUUUUGUACCUCAAUAUUCGCCCACAAAGACUCAAGACUCAAGUUUCUGUAGUUUUCGCUAGAAAAAGGAUGAUGUUGAAACAGCACCCAGGGAACUCAAAGUCAGGGAGCUCCAAUUCCAAAGGCAAAGCUACUGAUGAUUACAACUCACAGCAGCAAACAAGUGUUACCAGUCGAUCAACUUCCGCUAGGCUUGACAAUCAUAGUCUGUCCCAGCGGCAGACACGUUCUUCCAAUUGUUCUUCAAACAGCGGCAUUCGCAAAGAGCGGGACUAUGAUGAUGAGUGCAAGUCCUUGCAGCUCACUCCACACCAUGCAAAGCGACUCAAGGUGGUUGCCAAGAAACUUGCAACACAGUAUGGUGUUGCAGAGAAGAAACUUUGCGAGUUUAUUGAGUCCGGUGAUUUAUUUGUUAUGCUUCUUGAUCUCAAGGCAAGCCAUCUCCAAAAGGAUGAACAGUUGGCAGAUGCAAAGAUUGAUGAGAUGGACAAACAGCUUGGAUCAAAGGACUGCGAGGAAAUGUCUGACUUUGGUGUGAAGGUUAUCAUGAAGAUAUGUCUUACUGGAUGCAUGCUCUCCCCCGACAUCAAAGCAUACUUGUUUGAAACACAAGUGCAUGUCAUGGUACUGCUGUUCCUUUCUCUUAUCAUUACGGAAAAAGCUGAGUCAGAUGGUCACUAG